CCGCCCUUCAACAACAGUCGAAGCUGUCAAGCUCUCCUUUCACUGUUUGCGUUCAAACUGUUAUCAUGCAUUGCUUACAAUUUCUUUAAUCCGUUUGAUUAGUUGUGGCAGAAACUGAGCCUUCAUUUAGGAAUCAAUUUGUGAAUUCAUAUUUCUAUCCUAAACCUUUCACCAUGCUUGGGCAGUUCUCUCCUGUUGAGCCCUGUUCUGCUCUUCCCACCACAUCCUGGAAACCCAUGCACCGACUUCAGUCUUUACACUUUCGCCCACGCACUGAACCUAUAGACUGGAGGCGUCUCGCUGCCCUUGAUGUGGAUCGAGUUGCACGGGAGAUGGAUGUCGGAGUGCUUCAGGAUUUCAUUACAGCAGUAACUUUCUGUGCUCUGGAGGGUGAGCGGUGUCCAAACUGCUCUGGGCCUGCUGACCCUUCUUUGAUCAAACUGGUCCGCAUGUCUCAGCUGAGCACUGAAUACCUUCUGCACUGCCAGGACUACCUGAGUGCACAAUUGGCAGGAUUGGAGGAGCGUCUACAGGGGGCACUCUCUUGGGCCCAGCAGGAGGAAAAACAACGAGUAGAACUGGAGAAAAAAAUGUGUGAAAUUAAGCUGGAGCUGCGGCGUAGAAAGAAGAUGGUUGCCACACAACAACUCCUCCUACAGGCCAGCGCUAAUAAUUAUCACAAGUGCCAGUUCUGUGAAAAAUCAUUUGUCAAUUAUUCCUACCUACAAGCACAUGUUCAGCGACGACAUCCUGAAAUCACAGAUGCAGAAAGGCAAAAGAAGCAGCAGGUGGAAAAGAUGGAAGAUGGGAUAGAAGAGCUGAAGAAUAGACUGAGAGUAACACAGAUGGAGCUACAGGCAGAGAGAGAAACUGACAGUUUGAGGCGUCAGCAGGAGCAAGAGGACCAGCACAGAAGACAACAGUUAGAGAAGGAUGCACUGGAAAGAUGGAAAGAGGAGGAGAGAAGACAAUUUCAGCAGGAAAUUGGGGAGCUCAGGCAGCUUUUUAUACAGGAGUCAAAAGACAUGGCAAUCAAGAGCUCCUCCAUAGAGGCUAAACUGCUAGAAAGGCAAAACAGAGAGUUUGGUACAUUUACGAAAGAUAGUUUACAAGAACAAUGGGACCACGAUAAAGAAAUGAGAGAAAACAGAGAACGAAAGCUGAAGGAGAGAAUGACCCAGAAGGAAAGUGAAUGGAGUAAGAAAUUACAGGAAGUUCAGAAUAAGUACCACGAGGAUAAAGAAGAGCUUCAGAGUGAGAACGCCAGACUUCUGAAGGCUCUGUCUGUGAAGCAGAACUCUGAACUCUCUCUCUCCUCUCAGAUGAAACAGAAAGACAGACUUAUAGCAUCUCUGGUGGAAAAAAAUAAAAAGAUGUCAGUUAUGCCAGUCUCAGUUUCUCAGAAGCUCCAAGAUUCUCCUAAGGACAGAGAAGAGGAAUAUGAGGAGAGCCUAGAAGAUUCAGAUGAUAUUAUUGCAGAGCCACUUAUUGAAAACCCACGGUUGGUGAGAGAGCUUCGAACCAUCCUAAAAGAAUCACUGGAUGAAAAGCUGGAGAAUAUGGGACUGCGAAAGGGUACCAAGGGCAUAUCCAUGCAGACAUUUAAGAAUUUAAGUGCACUGUUGAGUGGUCAGUUGCUACAGAGCUCCAGAGAGCAUCCAGAUCUUCAGAACCUGAGAGACACCCAUGCACAUGAGGUCAUAAAGCGAGUGAAAGUUCUACAAAAGAAACAGGGAAAAACUGCACCUCACACUUUCAGAAAAAGAGGAAUGACAAAUUCAACCCAAGUCAAGGAGAAUAGACCUAGAUCCAGGAAGGGCUCAAAGCCAUCCACUCAGAGAACCAAGAUCCAGAAGUCAGAAACAUUUGUCCCAACCCCCACACCACGCUCAAGAGCACCUACUCAGACUUCACCAACACGCCAAAAAAAGACCAGCACACCGCCUUUCAGUUCAGAGGAGGUUGAAUCAUUUGAGGACAGUGCUUAUAUCACCAGCUCAAGAGGCAAGCAAUCCUUGUCAGUACGGCUUGUCCAAUCAGGGUCACUGCUAAACCCAACAGCUGAGCCUGAUUUUUCAGAUAGUGAGCUUUCAGAGGUAUCAGACACACCCAAAGCCCAAAAAACACUUAGCCCACAUGGUUCUGUUGUCCAAACAUUGACAAUGAGUUUAGAGAGACAGCUCAGCACACCAACCAAGAAACCUGUAGGAUGGACUGGAGUAUUGCCUCCAGCCUCCAACCUCUCCUCUCGUCCCGCCAUUGUAAAACAACGAGCGCUGUCUGAUGAAAAGAGUGAUUUGGAGCUGUCCUCCAUAGAAGAGCUCACAAUCCCACCUGCAGGAGAAUGCAGGAGUUCAGAGGUGGUCGGGACAUCGGGGACCAGCGUGUGGAGCUCUACUGCUAGCAAAGCAGGAGCGUACUGAAGUGUGACGCAUCAUGGAGCGACAAGCAACGCACAUCAAAACCCCACCCACGACCAAAAGAGCUCCGCCCACCCAUCCUACAAACAAGGCAGAGCCAAAGGUGUAUCUAAAAAACACAAAAGAUGAGGCAUGUAGUUAAUAUGCUUUGGUAUGGAAAAUUUUUUUUAGUAAAUUAUUUUAUUUAGAUUUUAUUGAAUGAAAUGGUCAUCUUACCUCGGAGUCAGAGGUGAGCCUAUAAAUCCAGAAUUACCGAAACCUCCAGGUCCACCUGCACUUGAGCUCCAUGUAGUCAUCAUAAAGUUAGUAACAAUGAGAUUUGCAAAGAUAGAUACUCCAGCUAUAGCACAGAUUCCUGGAAAAAGAAAAUAAUUACAGUUAUAACGCAUGGAAAUUAAUUAAUGCAU